AUGGCCGACGGCGAAGGAAGGAACGCCGAGACCGUAUCAACUAGUACAACAAAGUCAGCAAGGAGACAAAGGGCUUUAGGACGCAACGCGCAGGCCCAGAGCGGUGGCUGGUCAGCGGCCAUCUGGAGCCUUGCCAUCACCACCACAGUGCUGCUGCUGGUGUCGGUCGUGAUCACCACCCUCGUUUCGAUGACGGCGCUCGGCAGCAGUACCCACUCGCAAGCUGGCACUCAAGCAGGGGCGUCAGCGGGACGUUCGAGCCACUACAACAAGAGUGGUGUCUUGAAAGCGGUGCCCGAGCGAGGCGCCGCCGGAGCCUGCGACUCAUCGUCUUGCGCGGAGCAGGCGCGUCUGCUGCUCCGCCAAAUAAAUUCCAGCCGCGACCCCUGCGACGACUUCUACGCUUACGUGUGCGAAGACUGGGCGCUAACGCGACCGCUGCCUCCGGGAGCUGAACGGCUGUCUAUGGACACUAUCCUGGUGGACGGCUACGCCGAGCUUCUCGCUGCGGAACUGCGGGAGAACGCCACCGGGUAUCCCGCGCUACGGUUCCUGCUGAGCAACUGCCUGCACCCUCAGCCCACCCUUUACCCGACGCUAUGUGCCAUGUUCUUGGACACAAUCCGGCUCAAGCCGUGGAUGGCCCGAGCGUCUGCGUUGAGACACAGGAGGCCAACGGCCCCUGAGGUGGCCCGCAAGCUGGCCGUCGCCUUCCGCGUGUUAGGAGUAGACGCGCUAUUCAGGCCGUUCGUUUUCAAGAGCGGUCUUAGCGCCAAACGCUUCGUCGGGCUCGCGGAACCGUCCACAGUGCUCAUGUCGGGCCCGCUGGAGAAGAAAGAGUAUGAGAUGGUGCGCAGGGCCCUUGCUCCUCUCUUGGCUUUCUUCCAGAACGUUACCGACACGGAUCUGCUUCAGUUCGAGGAGCGGCUCGCUCUAAUGCUGAGUCACCCUCAAGUAGACGCGGAAGCGCUCGCCAAUGGUACCACGAUCAAAGUUCGGGACCUGCCUGUAUUGCCGAACUUCGAGUGGACGAGCUUUCUGCAGAGCGUGUUCGACAAAGGUCUGCGACCAAUCACGGACAAGACUUUCGUCAAACUUAACUCACCUGACUACAUCGUGCGCCUGACGCGCAGCGACUUACUACAGUUUACCAGCCAGCUGCUGGGAUACCUCGUGUUCCGCGUCAUGAUGGUAUUGGCACCCCUGCUCGACGACCACGACGUGCGUGACCAGUUAGCCUCAGUGAGCUACGCGCGGCACCAGGAGUUUCCUCAGGCACUACCUCAGGCCCACUACUGCCUACUCCUACUCGACCGAUUUGAGCCGAACUUACCUCUGCACCUGUCGCGUCAUUUUGCUGCGUCUCUUAUUGGCGGGGAAAGUGUCGUGGCUGAAAUGGUCUCCACGCUUCGCGCGGUUCUGCUGGAAUCAGUGCAAGUGCGGCUGGGUCUCAAGAGUAGCGAGUUGUGGGAGCAUCUGCGGGACAAAUUGAACGCCGUCUCGUGGGAGCCACUUAGUCCACCUGCUCUGGCGACGACUACCGUGAGGGCUGCUUACGUUGACGACGUCUAUCCGAGAAACUCGCAAAUGCCGGCUGCUCAGCUCUUUUACAACUGGAUUCGAAAGUCCCACGAGAAGAAGCUGAUGUCGCACAUGACCUACGCACGGGGAAGAGGCAAAGGCGACUCGGGGUACCCGGGAUGGACAGGAGGCUUUCUGAGUGCCGAGAGUCGCCUGGCGCCACCUUAUGAUCGGCUGGAGAUACCUCUGCCCGUGUUCGACUUGUUCCUGAACGCGGAUCCGGCUCUCCGGCCCUUACAAUUGGCGCGCGCGGCUCCCAAGUUGUACCGAUCACUGCUGCGAGCCGUCUACCACUGGGCCUACAACUUCGAACACAAUGUCGCAGAUGACAAGGAGACAGGUGGCGAGAGUGUGACGCGCCGUUUAGAUGAACUUCGCCUCUGCCUAGAGCAGCAGUACUCAGCGGUUGCUUGGUCUGAUCGAAGGAUGCAGCUAGACGCAUCGCGCACUUCGUGGUCCGAUCUCUGGGACUACCUGGCGCUGAGACCAGCGUUGGACGCGUUCACGCUCUUUGCUCGACGCGUGGCGCCCGACUACCGCCUGGCGCUGCUCGAGCACUGGGACGUCGGCCAGCUAUUCUUUGUAUACUACGCAGCCAAUCACUGCGAGAACAGCAAUGAACGCUUUUUGCGCAGAAUGGUGGCCUUGGGUCCUCACAGCACUGCCUGGUUCCGCGUAAACGGGCCUUUGAGGAACGCUCGGGAGUUUACGCAGGCCUUCGGCUGCAAGCCCGGCUCGUUCAUGAAUCCAGUCGACCAGUGUGCGUUGAGUGAGUGA